GUGGGGUGUGUUCUGUUGGGGCAGAUGUGAACUCUUCCCACUUCUCCUUUUCCCUCCACUGUUGAGCGCGCACAGAUAUGUUAGGAGUUGGGACCGUGACGCAGAGAGAGAGUUAGAGCUGAAUAAGCAGUGAUGGAAGAAGGGCAACUGGACCUUAUUUUGGUUCCGCUGGGUGUGUUGGUGAUGGCGAUCUAUUACAGCUGGCUUCUAAGGAUUAUCCUGCGCAACCCAGAACGAACCGUCAUAGGCCUAAACGCAGCAAGCAGGGAAAGAUGGGUCUCUUUCAUGAUGUCUGAUCCCCUGAAGAAUGGCGUUUUGGCAGUUCAAACAAUACGAAACAACAUCAUGGCAUCUACAUUACUGGCAACAACUGCCAUCACUCUCAGUUCCAUCAUUGGUGUUUUUGUGAGCAGCACAACAAAUCCAUCCAUUUCGGCAUCAGAACUGGUUUAUGGCAACAAAUCACAUCUCCUCUCUUCGAUCAAGUAUUUUUCCAUUUUGCUCUGCUUCCUUGUUGCUUUCCUUUGCAAUGUGCAGUCCAUUAGAUACUAUUCCCACGUCAGUAUAUUGGUUACAUUGCCUCCCUUGAAAGACAGAAGAGAAUCAAUUGCAUAUGUUGCGAGAAGCUUCAAUAGGGGAAGCUAUUUUUGGUCCCUUGGCUUACGAGCAUUCUAUGUGUCAUUCCCUCUCUUCCUCUGGAUUUUUGGGCCCAUACCCAUGUUUGUUUGUUGCUUCGUGAUGUCUAGUACACUGUAUUUCUUGGAUACAACUACCAUAUUUACACGGAAGCUUCACACUUCUUCCUUCAAAGAGGUGAGAGAAGCAAAUGACACUGAAUCUGUUCCUCAAGCUUCCUAAAAUCUGCUGAAAACUGUAACAUUGUUCGCUUGUUAGUUGAUCUUCACUUAGAUAGUAUUGUAUACAAAUAAAGGAUUAUGAUGGUAAAUUGUGCAUUCUUUUUUCUAGUGCUUGUUACUAAUCACAUAUAGUGCUUUAUUCUAA